AUGACCACCACCGUACAUAUCACCUGCUUGUGUGGGAAGAACGCAGAAACCCUGCAGUUGGAUGCGCAUCUCCCUGUUAGCGUCUCUCCAUGUUCAUGUGACGAGUGUCGUCGCAGCACUGGGAUGCUGUACUUCUCCGGCCUUCCCAUUCCUUCGCGGCCCGGUGUUGUUGAUGCUUUGACCGAAUACAAGUCCUCUGAAAAACUGAGCCGUUACUUCUGUCAAACAUGUGGCUCCCAUAUGGUUCUACAUGUUGUCAAAGACGAUGCUUGGUCUGUAUGUUCUGGAGUGGUCGAGCGGGUGGUGGGUCUUGAGCAAGUUUCUCGCCUUAGCCUGGAAAAGAUCGUGCAGCACGAGUUUGUAGGCGAUACUAGGGAUGGCGGCCUGGCGGCCUGUCUAGCUAACUUCCAUGGCCGCUCGGUGCCGCUGUUCGAUCAAGGACCCGGAGGCGGUGAACUUGAGCGGCCGCUUGUUGCUCACUUCGACUGGCCCGACUCGGGCAACUCUUCGGAGGCUGCCAUCACUGCGAGCCCGACAUACCCACCAUUGUCGAAUCAGACAAAUGAGAUCGACGCUGCCUGCCAUUGUGGAGGAGUCAAGUUUCGCAUCACUCGUCCCAAUGCGCUUUCGAGCCAAUGCUCGUCGCCGUUCCCUGAUUUGUCAUGCCGCCUUGGUGCUGGAUCACCGAUUCAGUGCUGGGCGUUCGUGCCGAAAGCUAACAUCGUGCAAGCGAAUAAAGAACCACUGAGUUAUGAAAUGGGGACCCUGAAGCAGAUCGAGAGCUCCAAAGAUUGCUUUCGUGAAUUCUGUCGGGUAUGCGGCGCGACUGUGUUCUGGCACUGUAGAGAGAGGCCAGACUUAGUCGAUGUCAGUGUUGGACUUUUGCGAGCGGGAGAAGGGUCGAGGGCCGAGAGUCUGCUGGAGUGGUGGACCGAGAGAGUGAGUUUCAGGGAGGAUGCACUUGACAAAGGGCUGAUCGAGGCUCUGGAAAAAGGACUGCGAGAUAUUGGGAGGAAGUAG